GAAAUAACUGUAUAUAAUUAAAAUACAAAUAAUAUUCCAAAUUUUUAAAAGGCAACUUAAAAUACACGCUGUAAAUUGUAAUUCCGUGGCUGAAAAGGAUUUUGCUCUGUUUCAACCAAAUUGUAAAGUGUAGUUUUUAAAGCUUUUAAUCAACGCUUAAAAAAAUUGGAAACGUUAUCGCUCUACGUUUAAUACUUCGUAGAAAUAAUCGUCUGCUCUUAAAUAAAAAAUAAAAAUAUACAGUGUGUUUUAAAAGUGUUUAUUCGUGUAAAUGUCAGUUUAAAAGUGUUGUAAAAAUCAUAUAUAAUAUCAAUUUUAAGAAAAGUAGUCAUUGCAGAUAUUGCAAUUGUAAAUAAUAAGUAAUACAAAAAUAUAAAUAAAAUAAAAUUUCAUAGAAAUAAAUAUAAUAAAUUAAUAAUCACUUUAAAUUGUAUUUGGAAAUACAAUUUUCGGUUCGCGCGUGUUAACAUACUUACUGUUGUUGUGUGAAAUUUUAAUUGUUUGUAUGGCAAAUUGUUGAAUGGCGGCCGUUGUUGGCCCCAAAAGGCACACCGUGAACGGAUUAAGAGCCAAUCCCAAUCCCAAUCCCAAUCAUAGUCAUAAUCACAACAGCGUUCAUAUAAAUAGUCAUCAAAGCAGUUCAAACGUCAACAAUUGCUUUAGUAAUACCACCAGUUCAGCACAACAGUUUGGUCAUAGAGCAGCAGUGCCCGUUGUUGCUCCUACGUCGCGUUCUCGUCCGCGUAUUUCAAUGAGCGUAUCAAUGUCACUCGUACAGGGAGGAGCUGCUGGCGGUGCCCCACAAGGUGCCAUUUUGGCUGCUGCAGCACCAUAUUAUCAACCGCCAGCUGUACCACAGGAUGUACAGCCGGAUCGUCCCAUUGGUUAUGGCGCCUUCGGAGUAGUAUGGGCUGUCACAGAUCCACGCGAUGGACGACGUGUUGCACUCAAAAAGCUUCCAAAUGUCUUUCAGUCGCUGGUCUCAUCGAAACGAGUUUUCCGUGAAUUGAAAAUGCUCUGCUUUUUCAAGCAUGAAAAUGUACUCUCAGCAUUGGACAUUUUACAACCACCUCAUUUGGAUUUCUUCCAAGAAAUAUAUGUGAUAACCGAACUACUACAGUCAGAUCUCCAUAAGAUAAUCGUCUCGCCACAACAUCUCUCCGCCGAUCACAUUAAAGUGUUCCUCUACCAAAUAUUGCGCGGUCUCAAGUAUCUGCAUUCGGCGCGCAUCCUCCAUCGUGACAUCAAGCCCGGCAAUCUGUUGGUCAAUUCGAAUUGUGUGCUGAAAAUAUGUGAUUUUGGUUUGGCGCGCGUCGAAGAGCCCGAUCAGGCCAAACAUAUGACACAAGAGGUGGUCACACAAUACUAUCGUGCACCGGAGAUUUUAAUGGGCGCCCGCCACUACUCGUCGGCGGUGGAUGUUUGGUCGGUAGGUUGCAUUUUCGGCGAACUGCUCGGUCGUCGCAUUCUCUUUCAGGCACAGAAUCCCGUGCAACAGCUGGAGCUGAUCACCGAGCUGUUGGGCACACCCUCUAUGGAGGAUAUGCGUCACGCCUGCGAUGGCGCUCGUUCACACAUGUUGCGCCGCGCACCCAAGCUGCCAUCAUUUUCGGCGUUGUACACGCUCAGUUCGCAUGCGACGCACGAGGCGGUGCAUCUGCUGUGUCAAAUGCUUGUCUUCGAUCCGGAUAAGCGCAUCACCGUGACGGAUGCUCUGGCGCAUCCAUAUCUGGAUGAGGGUCGUCUACGCUAUCACUCGUGCAUGUGCAAAUGCUGUUUCACUACCUCGGCCGGCAUGCGCCAAUAUACGGCCGAUUUUGAGCCAUCAGCUGGGCAGCCAUUCGACGAUCUGUGGGAGCGUAAAUUGACAUCGGUGCAGCAGGUCAAAGAGGAAAUGCACAAAUUCAUAGCGGAGCAACUGCAAACGGGACGCGUACCACUUUGUAUAAAUCCGCAAAGUGCGGCCUUCAAAAGUUUUGCUAGAUACGUUGAGCAAAUUAGGAAAUUGCGGAAAGAGCGCAACAAACGAGAUCCCGUUGGCAUAACGUUAAUGCAACAAUUGGAGUUUGAUCGUCGCAAAGAGCAACAGCGCCUGGAACUUGAAGCGGCAUUCAAAGCUAUGAUUAUGCAAACACCGGAAGUGACCGUGGAGCCGAGCAGUGCGCCUAAUACGGGCACACCCUCGUUUUUCAACUUGCCCAGCUUCAGUUCGUUCGACUAUACCACACCGCAUACGAAUAAGGAUCGGCGUUCACUGUCGGUUACGCCCCUUUCAUCACUCAAUAUGACGUUGUGCUGGGAUGAGCAGGAUGACAGUGAAACGGACACUGCCGAUGAGUCGAUGGAUAGUGGCUACUGAUUGCAUCGAUAUGCUCUCUCGAGUGUGUUUGAGUGUUAAUAAUAUUUAUUAAUUUAUGCCGUUGUAACAAUUCGGAAAUAACAACAAAGCGCGUCUGGUGAAGCGUUAAAAACGACAACCACCGCAACAACAACAACAAUGUUAAUUGCAAAUACUGUUUGAGGCGGCGUUUCAGCUCAGCAAAUUAGCGUUGCCAUUGCAGUCAGCCAAACCGCGACAACAACAACAACAAAUUUAGUCAACCACUAUAUCUGUCUACAGACAACAAAUGAAAUCUCUGAAUUAGUUUCAGCGUAUAAUUGGUUGCCAGUUUCACUUAAAAAUUCACUUAAUUACGAAAAUAGAAGAAAGCUCUUAGUUCAACCGUAGCGCAUCCUUCCGAAUUGCCGCCAUCGCCACACCAAUGGGAAUGACGGCAAAAUGAGGCCAUAGCCGCCUAAAAGUAGAUACUAAUUAGCUACAAAUAAUAAAAUACAACAACAACAACAACAACAACAGUAACAAAACAGCCAACAAUACCACCCAACUUAACCAAAUUCUUUUCAUUUAAAUUUAAUUAAUAUAAACAAAAACAAAAAACAAAAAAGCAACAACAAAAGCAAAUUAUGCAAACAACAAACAUUAUGGAUUAAGGAAAUAAGGAUGACGGAUGCAACAACAAGAAGCAUAAAAAGCAGAAUAAGAUUGAUUAGCGCGUAGCAUGCGGCAGCAGCGCAACAGAGAACCAGAGAGAUAGAGAGAGAGUGACAGCGACAAAUAUAAUUAUAAUUAUAAUAAAAUAAUGUUAAUAGACUCGUAAUAUUUAAGGAUAAAGCAACGAUUUUAAUUUUUAAGUUGAAUGUGAAAAAACAAAACGCGUAGAUUUGAAGCCAGCAGAAGAAGAAGAGUAUUCAAUUGAGAGAGCGAAGAGUUGUCACACUUUAGAGAGAGUGCUACAAAGCACAAGCGAGACACGAAGCUGAGGAGAGAAGAACACCGCGCGGUACUGACUAUUAGAAGUAAAACUGUAAAUGUAAAUUAAAUGGAAUGUCUAAGGGGGCAGCAUGACAUAGAAGAAAAGGAAGAACUGGAGAAAGAAGUAGAAGAAAAACACACUAAUCAUUCCAUCACCACCGAACAAACACAAAAAUGAAGUAAGCACAAUGCGAACAGAGUAGUAUAACUCUCACAAGAAGAAGACGAAACGACUCGCGUAACGGAACAAGACGAGUGAACAGAACGUUUAGAGCUACACUAGUCGUCGGAAGAAAGCGGAAAUAUAAAAGCUGUACCAAUUAAUUGAUUACAUAAAUGCAGCAACAACAUUUGAAGCGAACACCAGAGCAGCAUGAAAAGCUCUGGCGCAGUUAAUGGAAGCACGAAGGAGCUGUUAACAGUUAAAAGGCUGUCUAACACUGAGUUGGGCCAGAAAAUGCAGUGAAGGCAACAGGCGCCAACCUAUUUUGCGGCAUUGCAGGCAGAUGAAGACUCUUUUGAAGGCCUGCAAGUGUCAAGGACUAUAGCUAGAAGCAGCUAAAAGCAGCUACAAGACGAAUAUGAAGAAUAUAAAAAGCAAAUAAUUAAAUGCUGACAUGAUUAAAAAGUGUUAAAUUGUAAAAAAAAAUUAAAAUGUGUGUACAACAAGAAAAUGAAAGCGGGAGACGGUGUAAAAUGUAAUAAAUAUACAAAAAUGUGUGUAAAAUGUAGCAAGAAAAAACAAAAAACGAAAAACAAAAACUAUUUAAAACAUCUUAACAAAAAGUAUUCACAACAACACGCAUAUACAUACAUACCUAGCAGGCGUCCGCCAGGACCAAAGGACCAAUUAAUAAAUAUAACAAAUAUGCGCAUGCAUAUACAUAUAUAAUGGCAUGUAUAGCGAAAUGCUCGAAACAAAAAAAAAAUAAUUAAAGAAAUGUGAGAAAAGAAAAACAAAAUUGACAAAUGCAAAAUUUCAAUGGAAAUUAAGAAAAAAGCAAGAAAUAUAUCUCAAUGUCCGUAACGAAACGUAGUAGUGUAUGUAUGUAUUAUUAUGUACCAGCAAUUAUUAUUAUAUAACUAUUACAUAUUUAACAAUGUAACGACUACAAUUACACUUACUUAUAAUGCAUAUUGAAUAGUAAUUAUAAUUAUAAUUAAUGAACGUAAUUAAUUAAUUAAUUAAUGUAAUUUGUUUGCCAAAUUUACCUCAAAACAAAAAAAGUAAAACAAACUUUUUUUUUUAAAUACUAUAAAUAAUUAAAAAAUAAAAAAUAAUAAUAAAUAAAUAAAUAAAAAAUUAAUAAUGUAAAGCAUAAACACAAACACACACGCAUACAAAUAUAUAUUUAUAUAUAGCAGCAGCAUACAUUUCCAAGUAAUUUAUGACAGAAUUUGAGACAAGCCAAGGCAUGGCACAUAAAUAACAAUUGAAUUCGCACUGGAACAGGCUUAGAAUUGGCAUUUUAGGAAUUAUUGAUAAUAUGUGUGUGGCAUAUUUUUGUGUAAUUUGCUUGUUAACAGUGUGGUAAGCCGAUUAAAAUUGAAAAAAGCUUAUAAACUAAAUUAAAAUUUAAAAGCAUAUUUUUAUUUUUUUUUUUUGCUACUGGUGACAAAGUUUUUUUUAUUUAAUAUCUAACAGCAAUUAAUUUUUUUUUAUCUAAUAAUAUUUUUAUAUUAUACAAUAUUUUCAAAUAAAAAAAUUAAUUCGCAAAAUUUUAAAUAUAUUUGAUUAAUUUUUUUUAUAAAAUUACAAAAAUUAAAAAAAAAAAUUGCACACACAAUAACAACAAUUUAAAAAAAAAAAUGAAAAUUAUAAAAAAGUUUAUUAUUUCGAAAUUUUUUUUUUAAAUAAUUUUAUUAUAUUAUAUUCACAAGCUGCAAUACAACGCUAAUAUCGCCAACAAAUCAUUUAUAUUUUUAACACAAAACUUUAACAUUUUCCAAUUGUUAAUUAUAUGCUGCCGAAUAUUGCUUACACACUUUUUUGUGCGCACCAAUAUUUUUAAUAUUUUUUUCCAAGACAAAAAUUGAUUUCUAAAAUAUGAUAACACAUACAUACAUACAUAAAUACAUAUAUAACUGUGUACAAGUUUAUAAAAAAAUUCUAUGUUAUGUGCACGUAUGUAUCCGCUUUAAGUGUGUUUCAUAUGCAAAUAACUAAAAGCAAGCGAAAAAUUAAACAGUAAAAUAGCAUAAGUUGAAAUUGUGGAAUUUGCGAAAGCUUACAAUAUUUGAAAAUACUUCAAAGGUGCAAUGAAUGCUGUAUACAUAAGCGUCAAACAAAAAUAUAUGAAAAUUGUAAUGCUCGCUUUGUAUUUGUAGUGAUUUUAGAGGGCAAAAAUUUUACGAAAUUAUUUCAAAAUUUCAAUGUGUGCUCAUUUCAAGUCUAAAGCUAAACAAAAACAACUACAUAAAGCAUAACAGUUAGUAAAAUGACGUUUAAACAAGGCGCCUGCGCAGCAGCCUUGCUGUAAUUUCAUUAUUUUUUUUUAGUUUUAAUUUAAUUAGCAUAA